ACAAAUCUAAGGGCUCCUGAUACUUUUAAAUACCCUAUUAUAGAACAAGUGUAGGGCUCUUUAUCUUAUUGGCAGGCCAAAGUCCAUUGGAAGAUUAUUCAGGACACUUAGGAAUUAUUAGCUGAUUCAUCUCACAUUUGCAAUCCUCCACAGGUUUGGAUACCAAGCCUUCUAUUGCAUUAGUAGUAAGGAAGAAUGUCAAUGGAUUCAUCUGUAGUCAUUGCUCUUGGCUUACUGCUCUGUAUCUCAUGUCUGCUCCUUAUUUUAUCAUGGAAAAAGGUCUAUGAAAAAGGAAAGUUUCCACCUGGUCCUUUUUCUCUUCCCAUUAUUGGCAAUAUACUGCAGCUGGACCUUAAGAAUAUCCCAGAAUCUCUUUGCAUGCUAGCAAAAAAAUACGGCCCAGUGUUCACUCUGCAAUUGGGUAUCAAGCGUGUUGUUGUGUUACAUGGGUACCAGGCAGUGAAAGAAGCUCUGAUUGAUCAUGGGGACAAGUUUGCUGGCAGAAGACAUAUGCCAGUUUUUAAUGCUUCCAGGAAUGGAUUAGGUGUUGUUUUAAGCGGAGAGAGGUGGAAGCAAAUCCGGCGCUUCUCCCUCGUGACCCUGAGGAAUUUUGGGAUGGGAAAGAGGAGCAUUGAAGAGCGAGUCCAAAAAGAGGCGAAAUACCUUGUGGAGGAAUUAAAAAAAACAAAAGGAUUACCAUGUGACCCCAAGUUCAUCACUGGGUGUGCUCCUUGCAAUGUAAUCUGCUCUAUCAUUUUCCAGAAACAUUUUGAAUACAAAGACCAGAAAUUUCUUUAUUUAAUGAAGCUUUUAGAAGAAAACACCAGGAUUGCAAGUUCCCCAUGGAUGCAGGUCUACAAUUCUUUUCCAUCUCUAGUACAUUAUCUCCCUGGAUCUCAUCACAAAAUAAUUAAAAAUGAACACUUAUUAAGUAAAUUUGUUUUGGAAGAAGUAAAUGAACACCAAAGGACGCUGGACCCCAGUAAUCCUCGGGACUUCAUUGACUGUUUCCUGAUGAAAAUGGAGCAGGAAAAGCGACAACCACAGUCUGAAUUUACCAUUGAAAACUUGCUCUGGACAGCAACUGAUCUAUUUGAUGCAGGAACAGAGACAACAAGCACCACCCUGAGAUAUGGACUCCUGCUUCUCCUGAAAUACCCCGAGAUAAGAGAAAAAGUACAUGAAGAAAUUGAUCGUGUGAUUGGCCGAAAUCGAAGUCCCUGCAUGGAGGACAGAAACAAGAUGCCUUACACCAAUGCUGUGAUACAUGAGAUACAGAGAUACAUUGACCUCCUUCCCACCAGCCUGCCCCGUGCAGUGACAGAAGAUGUUCAGUUUAGACAGUAUCUUAUCCCCAAGGGUACCACCAUAAUACCAGUGCUGUCUUCUGUUCUGCAUGAUGAUGAAGAGUUCCCCAAUCCAGACAAAUUUGACCCAGGUCACUUCCUGGAUGAAAGUGGCAAGUUUAAGAAGAGUGACUAUUUCAUGCCUUUUUCAGCAGGAAAACGGAUAUGUGUUGGCGAGGGCCUGGCUCGGAUGGAAUUAUUUCUGUUUUUUACUACCAUCUUACAGAAUUUUGCCUUGAAAUCUACCAUUGACCCAAAAGAUAUUGACACAUCCCCAGUUGCCAGUGGUUUUGGCCACGUACCCCCUUCCUAUGAGCUUUGUUUUCUACCUUUCUAAAACAUGUGAGGGACCCUGCCUGGUUCCAACUCUACUAAAGUCUCUUCAUGUGCUAUGAGCAAGCUAUAUUCAUUCCAUUGCCUGGCAAUGAAAGCUCCUUAUGAAAGCCCAAUAUACCCUUCUGCCAUAAUCUAAUACUCCUUUUGACUUUUGCCAAAUCAUGACUUAAUUUUCCUCAACAUUCCCUAGAAAUUCCCAAAUAUUCUUUGAAUAUUUCUUCCCCUCCCUUUUUCCCUUCCCUUCCCUUCCUUUCCCUUCCCCUCCACUGAUUGAAAUCCUACCCAUAUUUCAGAUCACAAUUUAGAUGUCAUAUCCUUGUGAGGUCUUUUAUCCUUAUAUUAUUACCACAUAAUUUAAGACUGAAUUAUAUACCCAUCUUAUGUUGUGUAUUCUUUCAGACAUGUUAGUUGAUCCUGUCUUGUGCUCCUCACUAGAUCUUAAGCUUCUUAUUUGGAGAGCCUUUAUCAUAUGCUUGUGUGCAAUUAUCCUCCACCAGUGGGUUAGAAGUCCUUUUCUACUCCUUAAAUGUCUCAGGUUACAUACAUCAUCACACAAACAUAGCCUACUUUGAUGGCUGCUUAACUGAACGCAAUGUGAUGGCAGGGAAGUGGUACCAUGGACAGAGUGUAGGACCUGGACUUAAGACCUGAGUUAAAUCCAGCCUUAGAUAUUUACUGCCUGUAUGACCUUGGGCAAGUCAGUUCAUCUCUUUUUCUUCAGUUUCCUUAUCUGUAAAAUGGAUAUAAUCAUAGCAUUUAUCUCCCAGGGUGUUGUGACAAUCAAAGGAAUGGAUAAAUAUUAAACAUUUAGCACAGUGUCUGAUGCAUAGUAAGUGCUAUAUAAAUGUUAGUUGCAAGUAUGAUAAUUAUUACAAAACAAUAACAACUACUACUACUUCUACUACUAAGACUACUAUAUAUUUCACCUGCCUACUCUAAUUACAAUGUAUGUUAAAAGAAAUACAGGGCACAUUUGAGUAGUCCUGUUUGACUGAAGUGUAGAGUACAUAGAGGAUAUUCAUAUGAGAUGAGCCUGGAAAAGAAGAACUUUAUUCAGUAGACAAAAAGUGAGCUGCAUGUUGACCUGAUCUAUCCAUAAGGAACAUUAGUUGGACAGAAUGUGAAAUGUAUGUUAUGGGGGAGAUGGAUUUUGUGGCAAUACAGAGUCAAGAAUGUCAGGUUAUUUCAGGAUUUGGGGAAAGGAAUUAUUUGACACACAUAUUACAAUGAUUGAUUUAAUGAAGAUAUUAGAUAGAAUGCUACAGGUAUUCAAUUACAAUCAACUACGCAUCUGCCUAAGGUACGAAGACUUGUUCAGCUGGCAAAUUGAAUUCCUUAUGACCCAAAGUUGAGGCUCCAGGUUGUCUGCCCACGCUUUCUUGCCUCUUCCUCUUCUAGCCUUCUAAAGGAAAUAGUGUCCAGAGAUGCAAUGUCAACCAGUCCAUGUCACUAGUUGUAAAAGUAAUGUCUUCAAGUGCUCAUUGUCCAGGGAUAAAGGUAUUUUUCAAAGGUUUAUCAUUACAUGUACAUUAGUCUAGCUUGUUAUUGACAGUUAUAUUCUCAUCUUUAAUACAGAACAAUAUCUGUUAACAUAUCAAGUAAAGAAUACACCCAGUGAUCUCUCAUUCUUUGUAUGCAGAUGAAAAGGGUAACAGUUACUCUUCCAACUGCUUUCUGGAGGUGAGUUCUUUAUCCAUAGUAACCCAGUAUAGUGGCAUUCUUUCACUUUCAAAACUACCAUAUGAAUGGUAUGGUGAAAUUUCUUAUUCUCCAAAAUGCUGCUGAGAAGGGAUAUUUUCAUUUUCCCAUUAUGACAGGUUUCCAAAAUACACACAAAUAGCCCACUUUUCUUUUUUUCUGAGAGUCUGGGACCUCAGGAUUAGUUCUGUGCACAA